UGUACGAAGCAUUAACGAUCUUUGCUUCCUUGCCUUGCCUAACAAGCUCAAUUCGUUAGAUUGACUUGCCUUGACUUGGGACUCUCGCCACUCGCGUCGGUCGAGGCAGCGCGGCCUAAAGCGGUAUCUUCCAAGUCACGUUUCGCGUGUCGCGUCGCGGUAUAAAGUCAGGCAAAGCCUACGUCCUGCCGCAUCUUCACUCCCAAUCAUUGUCGUCCCUUUGGUCUUUGCCAUCUCUACAAUGGCAGGACAAUAUCCUCCUCCAGACGCUUCCGCCACCGGGCAUGCUAACAUCAAUGGUGCCCUCUCCGGUUAUCGUCAUGGAAUGGUCCAACUGCCUAGCGGCCCCCACCUACCAGUAGGCUACGUGAACGGUGAUUCCAUGAGGAAUCAGCCCAUGCCCCACCUACACCCCUACUACCAGCAAUCGGAAAUGGGUCCGGAUCGGCAUCAUCAGCUCUACGCGCCGCAACAGCAAACGCGGUACACCGCCUACGCCAUUGCUCAGACACGAUCACUACCAAACCUCCCUCACCACACCACUUUUCCUCCGACAGAAUAUAAUGAUGCUCAGCGGUAUCAGCAACAACCAGGGAACACUCUCCCUGCCGGGACUUUUCCGGACCAAGGAGGACUAGCUUUCCCGCCAUCGCAAAGGCAUGAGCCUCAUCACAUACCACCUAAUGCACUGCCAAUGCAGCACCAUCCGCCAUUUCAAGGGCAGGUUCCCUCUCACCAACGCGCUGGAUCUAUAUAUCAGUAUCCCGACACUCGUCCAAGGCAGAUGCACGAUGCAUCCAUGCCACACCAGCCUUACCCACAGGCCUACCAAGUUCACGGUCCUCCGCAGCCGCUGCGUCGACAUCACACUUCGGCACCACUACAACCUCAUCCUCAGCAGGUCCAACCUAUGCUACCUGUGCCGCCUGACAUGCCAGGACCCUCUCAGCCUCCGAAAUCUGUCCAGGCUAGUCGAAAAAACAAAAGGAGGGCCUCAGGUUCUCAAGGAUCAGCACGGAGAAAGCCAAAGAUUGAGACUGUACCUCUGCCGUCGUCCCCAUAUUUCCCUAUGAAACGUCGACGUGGGAGGCCUACAAGGGCGGAAACCGAGGCCAGGAAGAAGGCUUUGGCCGCAUCCAUUCCAUCAGAAGCUGCCAGCGCUCCUUCACCUCCCAAGGAACCCUCCACAAGCCAAGCUCCACAGCAAAGCUUCAACCCUCCGCCUCCCACGCGGGGAAUUUGGCCGAUCCCAUUUUCCGUGAGUGACAUGCCUAAAUUCUACUAAUAUUGAGUUAUUAAAACCUUCCCAGUUCGAAAUCAAAACGGAGUCUCCUCAACCAUCUGCUGUCUCUCAACCGACAAGCCUUCCAGGGAACCCGAGUCAGGUGGACGCUCAAGUGGUUGCAAAAGCCAAUGCACCUCUCCCUCCCUCUUCAAGG